CUGUCCGAGGGAACAGAAGUUUAUCAGGUCGCAGGAGAAGAGAUAAUCAUGCCUGGCCCCAGUGGGAAAAAGAGACUUGGCUCUCGGCGGAAGAUGGUCAAACACGAAAUGCCUGAGAAUUUUACUUCAUCACACCAGUCACCUGAACCACAACCUGAAGAAAGUACUGAUGAAACACUCUUGGAAACUGAUACACUUUCAUCAGGGCAGAAAGCCAACAGAAGAAGGCUGGGCUCAAAUCAACAAAGUCAAGGAAGUUAUGAAGUUGAGCAGUCUGCUACUGUAUCAUACCACAAACCUACGGAGGACGUUGAGCAAAAUGCCAGUAGAGAACAACUCCAAGCAACACAAAUGAUACCAACGGAACAAGCUCUUAAAGGGGGAUCUAAUAAGGCAGAUGAGUACGAUGCAAUGUAUGGGGCACAUUUUUAUACAGCCGCCACAUUUGAUGACACUUUGGAUGCUGUAGAUCCUGAUGUGGAAAUGCUUCAACCAAGAAAUGAGACAUUGCAUUUGAAUCACAAUGCAGAAGAGAGUGGCUUUGGACUGGUUGUUGAGCCCUGUAAACCAGUGGAACACACAGGCAGUACUGCCGAAGUGGUUGUUUCCAGUACACAUUCUACUGAUGAGCAACAGCAGAAAGAGCAAGCAGAGGUACAUAAUAAUCCAAUAACAAAUGACACCGAAAAGGAAAUGAUGAAAGAAACAGACCGGUUACCUCUUGUCGAACAUUCAACAGAGGGCAGCAACUUUCGGAAAGGACCAGAGAGAGCCCUUUACAAUAGUGACUACAGUGAAAAUUAUGAAAUUGAAUGUUGUGUUGAGCAACCAGACUAUUCAUUAGCAAUAAAGGAACGUCCUGCAAAUGAGGAACAUGAGCAUUUUGACAUUUCAGAAGUGCAAGGUGCUCAGCAUUCAAACACAGUACAUGAAAAUGUUAAAUCAUCAGAAACGGACCAAGAUGAACGCUUUGAAAUAUUGACACACGGCCAUAGAGAACAUACUGAUGAAACUAUUGAACAUUUAAAAAAUGAAACUAUGGACAUGGCCAUGCAUCGAUCUGAAUUGGUUGUGCAAAGCCGUAAUGAUUCAGAUAUACAUUCAUAUGAACAACAAGAAGAUCAUCUUUCAAAAGAUGACAAUGCAGAGGUUCUACACAAGGGAGGUGAAAAUGAUCCAAUUUAUAAUACCAAUACAGAGGUAUUGACCAAUGUUGACAAUACAGGACAUACACCAACCCAGGAACAUGACGUUAAUGUUCAAGCGGCCUAUGAUGAACUGUGUGCUAAAAGAGCUGGUAGUGAAAUUGAGGAGGGUGAAUUGGUUUUACAAAGUGUGCAACCAAAGAAAAGGUUUGUUGUCAACUCUCAAAGUGAGGGCAACAGUUUGAGUGCAGAUGAGCAAAAAGCGCCCCUCUGUCCAACCAGAAGCAGGAGAAAACUAGGCUUUAGUCGACGGAACAAAGGAAGUAGUGUAGAGGUAUUUGACACAAACAGUGACUCCAAAAAUGAUGCCGUUGGAAAGAUGGAUGAUAAUAAUCUUCCUGAAUUUGCAAGAGUUGCAGCUGAAUUGACGUUAGGGGAAACCUUGCUAAUAAAAAACUAUUUAGAAACCAUUCAAAGUGAAAAUGUGUGUGAUUUAAUUAAAAAUGCACAUGUACCGGUAGACUCGGAGUUAAAAACUUCAAACAUACAUUCAACUGUAGCCCAACCCUUAACUGAACAAUCCAAUUCCAGAGAGACGCCAGUGGAGGAACAUCUUUCUAAAGUUAAAAUUGAAACACAAGUAAAGGAAAACCCAACUUUCUUUACACAAAAUGGAGCCCUACAGGAGGGCUGUUUGGUGAGUCAACCACGUGUGGAUGCAACAGAGUUAAGCAGCCUAAAUGAUGCAGAAUUUGAAGACCAUCAAGCAAAAGCAACACUUGUAUCACCUAAAGCAGAAACCUCAACAUAUGAUGUGCAACGUGAGCAGGUUGACACAGUUUUAGUUAAUGAGGUUAGGUCACCAAAAACAGACCAAAAAGUGGAUUCUGAAAUGUUGAUUCAUGAGGUUAAAGAAGAUAUUGAUGAAAAUAUUAAACAUCUGGUUGAGGAAAUUGUGGAAUUUGAAACUCAUCAAUCUCAUGAUUCAACUUUGAAUUCAAAUCAUAUAUCGGAAGAGGGAUCAAUGAAAGGAGACAACAUGGAGGUUUUGAACCAGAGCGACACAAAUUAUUCAUUUAUCAAAAUGAUGGAUUUGAUUAACAAAGAUAAAAAAGAACAUUUACAACCUCAGGAACAUUACUUUGAACCUCAAAUGAUGUCUGAUGAGAAACUAAGUGCAGAAAGAGGCAUUAGUGGAAUUGAGGGGAGUGAAUUGACUUCACAAAGUGUUCAACAAGACAAAAGUUUUGACAUUACCCACCAUAACGAAGACACCAAUUUAGAUGAGCUAAGAGAAUUUUUCCAUCCAAAUAAAAACAGGAGAAAACUUGGUUCUAGUCGACGGAACAAAAUAAGUCCUGUAAAGAUUUUUGACACAUACAUUGAAUCGGAGAACGAUAUAGCCAGAAAGGCAGGAGAUGAUCAUGAUCUUCAAGAGACUGUCACAUCUACACUGGAAACCACAGAUCAAGAAAACACGAGCUGCGAUAAAGAUGCACACACUGAGAGCAGUGUAGCAAAAACCACAAUAGUGUCACCAAAAGAGGAAAUGUCAACAAAGCUGUGUCACUGUUUCAGCUCUUCUGAAAGCUACAAUGCUCAGAGGUUAGAGGAAGAUGUCCAGAAAAUGCACAUGGUUUACCCUGUAGAAGUUAAUGAAGUUGAUCAGACUGAUCACUUCCUAGCACAGGCUUGCGUUUCUGUUGAAACCGUGCAAACAGAUGCUCCUUUGACGUAUAAAUCCUACAAGGAACUCCUGGCAGAAGGUACUUCGAAUACUGGAGAUGAAACAGUGACAAUCGAGGUGACAGUACAACACGCGUCCCAAAAACAAAUUGAUGCACGCUUUAAACCCACUGAGCAAUUGGAAGGUAAAGUAGCAGAUCGAGAGGAAGACAUUUCUCCAAAGUUGGACAAAGAGGAUCUUCCUGAACCUGAGGGGGAAGACACAGACAAUCCAAUGUGUUGCACCAAUAGCACUUUGAAUGAGGCACAGGAAACCUUUCAGCACCAAAACCUACAGGCUGUGUCUCUGAAGAAAAGGUUGCUAACAGAUAAUGUGAUGGCGCCUGAAAAAUAUGAACUAAAAAAGAAUGUGGCCAAUGCUGACAAGGACGAAGUUGAACAACAGCAAGGAGGAUUUGAGGAGAAACCAAACAAAGCCUUUGAUUUGAAGGAAAACUGCACUACAGUACCAGAAGUGGGUGCAUGUGACACUGGCAUCCCUAACGCAGUGGAUACAUGUCAGGACCAGCAGGCGCUACAUGAGGAAAGUCUGAACUGGCAAGUAAAAAACAACGCCAAUAAAAGAAAGAUGGGCUCCACUCGUAAGCGUCAAAUAAACAGGAAGCAAGAGGCACAGAUGGACAGCUUGCACGCAGAACUUGAUAUGAGAAGUUUGGAGAACAUGGAAGUGCCGGAGGAUGUAUCACAGAAGGAAGCUUUUGAAAAUCAAACGACAGAUUCAUUGUGUGAAGAAGGGCAGGAAAUGAACAAGGACGAGGAUGAUGAUAACCAGGAGCUUCCCAGCACUACUGGUGAAAGUCACAUAUCAGCCACAGAGGCCCUGGCUGUCCUUCCAGAACAGGCGUCAUGCUGUCAUACAGAAGAUGCUAAUCCCCUUACUUUCCAGGUAGAUGAUCUAAGCGGAAAUGAGAAAUGUAUUGACACAUUUGAACCUGAUCAUGUUGCAGGCUUUGAGGUUCACAUUAAAACCUUGGUUGACACUGAGCUGUAUUCAAGUUCUGAGACUACACAAAAUAAGGGAAAUGUACCACAGCUCAAAGACCUAAAGACCUCACAUUCCGAAAAGCAUGUGGAAGCUCAAACAAAUACAGAAGUAUUAAAGACUGAGAGUGUGGGAGCUCCUGAUAAAAACACAGAGACAAAGAGUCCAAAAUUGAGCUCGACACACAGAAAACGAAAGAUGGGUUCCAGUCGCAGAAAUUUGGGGACCAUAUCAAAAGGGGACUUGGAUCAAAAGUUGGAUAUGAACAAAGAGGCUUCAGUCACGGUCCAUGUCCAAGAUGUCAUGUUUGAAAGCGCCAGUAAGAGUGAAGACAAAGACCUGACACUUCUUGUACAACACAAAAACACAGCACCCAAAGAGAAUGUUGUCCUCAGUCACACUGGUGACACACAAAACAAAGCCCCGAUACAUCGAAAAAACAAGGAACAUAUAACUUCAGAGCAUCAUCUGGCUCCACACGAUGAUUUAAAAGAAACUUCGCCUAAACUUGAAGUGAUGUCAGAACUGGCACCUGAAGGGAGAAGAAGGAAACUGGGAUCCCACCGUAAGUCACGAGAGGGACACCAAACUCAACUUAGCCAAAGUAAAGGAGAGGACUCGUUGGUGAAAAGUCAGCCACAAACUUUGACAACAAUCACAGACGAACAUGAUGAUGGAAUCAUUCAAAGCUACAAAGACUCACAGAAUCAUGAAAGUGACAUCAAGCCAUCCGACAUCAUUACCUCAAAGUCUGCCAGAAGCAAGACCUCUCAGGAAGUCACUUCAUCUCAUGACCACUAUAAUCAAGUCCUCCUAGGUCAAGAUACCCAGAAGAAUAUUUCUUCAGGUAACUUUGACGUGAGAGCACAAGCCUACAACGUUGUCAUGAUCGGAGACAGCUGCGUGGGCAAGACCUCUUUCAUGAGACGAGCUCAGAAUGGCAAGUUUUAUCCGGAUAUGCCUGCGUCUGUGGGUCUGGAUACAUGUAUGUGGACUGUGGUCGUGGAAGGGAAACUUGUGGUGCUCCAGUUAUGGGAUACAGCAGGUCAAGAAAGGUUUCACAGUGUCACCAAGCAGCUCUUUCAUAAAGCGCAUGCAUUUCUCCUGAUGUACGACAUCACUUCCUGGCAAAGCUUCACCUCAGUUCACUUCUGGGCAAGUUGCAUUCAGGAAGGGGCUGUGGAAAAGAACAUUCCCAUUUUACUUGUCGGAAAUAAAAGCGACAACGUGCGACGCUGCGUUAAAACAGAAGAUGGGCAGAAUGUUGCAAAGGAGUUCAAUGCAGAUUUCAUGGAGUGCAGCGCGGUCACUGGUGACAACGUGAUUCAGUCUCUGGAGGCAGUUGCCAGGUUGUUGAGUCAGACGGUUGGUGGACAAGAGGAAAGCGUGGUGUUACACAAAGAGCCCACAAAGAAAACAUCAGGAUGUUGCUGAACGCGUGAAGUGGUGCAAUGUGGUACAUCUCGGGGUUGGUUUGCUUUGUAAAGGUGCAUUUCAGCCAUUUAACUGGCUGCAGCUUUAGGUACGCUUGCAAUAAUUGCGCUGCUUUGCGCUUAUCAGAAUCGCAUGCUCCUUCGUGACGACAAUAAUAUCCCACCCGACAUCUUUUUGGCUCCUUUCUACUGUAGGCUAAAAUUAAUUUGAUUAAUGUGUAGUUGCUCCACCUGGUGAAUAAGAUUACUUUCUCCUGCCCAUUUUGUUUUCUAUACAUUUAUUCUGCAACAGAAAUUCUCAUCCUGUGGAGAAACACUUGUGAAAGUAGACCUCAUAUUAUCAUACAUACUGUAUAACAUCUGCAGAUGUACACAUGUAUUUUUUUUUUAAUUGAGCUUUUAUUUAACCAGGUACAAUCCCAUUGAGAUCAAAGAUUUUACAAGGGAGACCUGGGGCCGUAUUUAUCAAGCGUCUUAGAGUGCCAUUUUACACUUAAGUCCUGAGAAUUUGCGAAAUUUAGUCCUACUCUCAAACUUAAGAAUAAAAGCUAUUUAUCAACUUUCUUAAGUCUAAGAAUCACUCCUACUCUCCACGAUAUUCAAGAGACCUUCAGAGGUGUCCUAAGUGGUUAGGAGUUGCCAGCGGGGGAUGGCACUGAGGCGAGAGAGACGUGCGGAAGGAUGUCCUGGCUUUGUUUGAUGACGAGCAGCUGAUCAAACGGUAUCGUUUAGACAGAGCGGGGUAUUAUUUUUGUCACAGAUUUAUUAAUAAGGGGCGUCAUCUCAUCAGCAACAUCACGCAGCAGAGCUUUCACAGCAGAACUAAAGGUCAUCACAAUGCUUCGAUAUCUCGCCACUGGGAAAAUGAAUUGGAAAGAAAAGGAAACAUUUAUUUUUGAUUCAUUGCCAAUAUCGUUUGUUUGUUUUGUAUUAUUUUGUAGUUUAUUGUCAAAAUAUACACUCCCAUUGUCCACUUAAAUAUUUCUAAGAUAUUUCUUUAUUCUUAGACAAGGGAUUCCCUUCCGUGAUUGGUCAUUUCUAUGGACACAGAAAUGACGUCACCUAAAAUUCCGUUUACGGCACAUAGUAAUGUCGUAAUUCAGCUCUGAGUGUGACACUUAAGAUUCAGUCCUACACUUUUCUGAAAGUGUGAGUAAGACGCUUGAUAACUAACUUUUAAGUGCAGCUUUCAGCGAAGAAUUUCUUUACUCAUAAGUCAACUCUUAGCAGACUUCUUAGGAGUAAUUCUAAGACGCUUGAUAAAUACGGCCCCUGGCCAAGAGGGCAGCAGCAAGGUUACAUUAAAAACAGUAAACACAUAAAACAUCACAUUUACAACAUCAAAACUUGCUCACAUGACACAUGUGCAUACAGACAAGGUAGACUGCAGUCCUUUCACAGAAGCUUUAAACUCAUUCAAUGUAACAAGGGUUUGAAGUUUAAUAUUCGAUUGUAGGUUAUUCCAAGCCAUCGGUGCUGAAAACCUAAAUGCUUUCUUGCCCAGUUCAGUUCUUACUUUGGGGACGACAAAUUGCAGAACAUUCAUUGAACGAAGAUUGUGACUUCCUUGUUUCUUUGUUCAAAUACAAGACAGAUAAGAUGGAGUGAUACCCAGAAUAGUUUUGUAGAUGAACACAUACCACAUGAGCACAUAAAGAUGUCCAGUGAGUAUAACACACAAUGGUGAGUAAGGGGAGCGCAGUUAGUGAUGAAUCUCAGUGCCCCGUGGUACAUACUAUCCAGCUUGUGCAAACAACCAGCAGUAGCAUUCAUGUACAACACAUCUCCAUAGUCAAUAACAGGUAAAAAGGUUGUUUCCACCAAUUUCUGUUUCACAGUAAAAGAAAAGCAAGACUUGUUUCUAUACUACAAUCCCAGUAAAAGUUUUUUUUUUUUUUUUUUUUUUACAACAUAUUUAAUGUGCUCCUUAAAACUCAAGUGGUGAUCAAUCCAAAAUCCGAAAUAUUUAAAAGAAGAUACUAACGCAAUGUGUUGCCCAUUUCUUGUUAAAAUGUUCUCACACAGUGCUUAUCUUACAGUUUUUGAUGUGGUAAAGAACAUACACUUUGUUUUCUCUGCAUUUAAAAGCAGUUGAAGAUAGCAAAGUUGUUAUUGUACUUUUGUCAAAUGCAUGUUGUAAAUAUUUAAAGCCAGGCAUCAGUAGGAGUGGGUGCUGUGCAGUAUAUGACAGUAUCAUCAGCGUAGAAAUGGAAAGUUGAGUUCGGAAUAUUCUGUCCAAGAUUAUUUAUGUAAAUAGUGAAUAAUAAUGGGCCCAACACAGAACCUUGAGGGACACCCUUUUUCACUUGCAGUACAUUCGAGGAGGAACCCUCUAUCUGAACAGCCUGAGUUCUACUUGUGAGGUAAUUUGCAAACCAUCCAACUGCUUGCUGAGAAAAACCAAUAGCUGAAAGACGUUUGAUAAAAAUUACAUGAUCAACAGUAUCAAAUGUAGGGCUCUAACUAACAACUAAUUUGAUAAUCGAUUAAUCUGUCGAUUAUUACUUCGAUUAAUAUUUGGAUAAAAGAGACAAACUACAUUUCUAUCCUUUCCAAUAUUGUAUUGAAAAAAAAACCAGCAUACUGGCACCAUGCUUCUUUUGAUUAUUGUUUCUCAGCUGUUUGUAAAUGUAAAUGUUGCAGUUUAAAAAAAAAAAAGGAGCCUCUGCACAUGCGCAUAGCAUAGAUCCAACGAACCGAUGACUAAAUUAAUCGCCAACUACUUUUAUAAUCGAUUUUAAUCGAUUAGUUGUUGCAGCCCUAAUCAAAUGCCUUUGAAAAGUCAAUAAAGAGGGACAGACAGCACUGCUUCUUGCCAAGAGCUUCAGUUACAUCGUUUAUAAACUUCAUAGCAGCGGUAACAGUACUGUGAUUUUUGCGAAAACCUGACUGAAAUGGUGACAGAAUAAAGUUGGUCUCCAAAAAAUCUUUUAUCUGUUCACUGACAAGGGAUUCAAGCACUUUUGCCAGAACAGAGUUCAGAGAUCGGUCUGUAAUUAUUUAGAUUACUAGGGUCACCUCCUUUUAAUAGGGGGAGUACAAAGGCAGAUUUCCAAUCCAAGGGGAUUUCAUUUGAAAUUAGAGUAAGGUUAAAAAUGUGAGUCAGUGGUCCUGCUAUAAUUUCAGCUGCCAACUUUAGGAAGAGCGGCUCCAACUUAUCUGAGCCAGCUGGCUUUCUAGGUUUAAGUUGUUAUAGAGCCCUCAUGACCUCUGUUGUGGUAAAGGGCGUAAAGUUAAAAACCUGGGUAUUUUCAACGGUUCUUUCCAUUGUUGUGGCCAUCGUGUAUUUGUACAAUAUUCUACUGUGUGUGCAUAUGAAGUCAUCCUUCGUUUAUCGCUAUUAAUUCCAGACCUACAAUACAGGCCAAAAGUUUGGACACACCUCAUUUCAAUGUGUUUUCUUUAUUUUCAUGACUAAUUACAUUGUAGAUUGUCACUGAAGGCAUCACAACUACGACACCUCUUGAAGCUCAUCGAGAGAAUGCCAAGAGUGUGCAAAACAGUAAUCAGAGCAAAGGGUGGCUAUUUUGAAGAAACUAGAAUAUAAAACAUGUUUUCAGUUAUUCCACCUUUUUUUUUUAAGUACAUAAAUCCACAUGUGUUCAUUCAUAGUUUUGAUGCCUUUAGUGACAAUCUACAAUGUAAAUAGUCAUGAAAAUAAAGAAAACCCAUUGAAUGAGAGGGUGUGUCCAAACUUUUGGCCUGUACUGUGUAUGUGAAUUUCUGCGAUGUAAAAAAAAUCUUAUUUAUUGAAUAUUUUCAUAGAGCAUAAAACGUCUAUUAGAGUCCUCUCGACAUGAAGUAACACACAUAUAGUCACAUUUACACUUGUUUUACCCAAUAGUGGAUAUAAAAUACAUACUGUAAUAUGUAUGACAUAUUGUACAGUAAUACUCAUAAUACAUUUUUUAAGUGAAUUAUUGUGAAGUGAAUAAUAUUUAUAUAGCGCUUUUCUCUAGAGACUCAAAGCGCUUUACAUAGUGAAACCCAUUAUCUACAGUUAAACCAGUGUGGGUGGCACUGGGAGCAGGUGGGUAAAGUGUUAAGCACAAGAGCACAAAAGUGACUAGGAUGGCGAAAGCGGGGAUCGAAUCUGAAACCCUUAAGUUGCUGGCACGGCCGCGCUACUAACCGAGCCACAACCUGUUAAAAUACAGUAAAUUGUUCAAUGAUGAUAGGUAUUGUAAUAUAUUGCACAGCAUAAGAUUUAUGAUUAGUUAAUUUAGCCAUUGCUAUGCUUGAAUGCUCAAUUUAGAUCAAAAACAGGUAACAUUUGGCUAUUUUGAUGUGGCAGCUUUCUCAAAAGUUGCAAUCUUUUGUGGCAUUUUUUUUUUAUAACAUUGAAUCAACUUGUGAUUUUAUGAAUGUACUAUUGCUGUUUUUAAGUGUUCCUUGCAAUCUUGUGUUUUUGAGGUUAAGGUUACAACCAAAAUUGUAAACAAAUACGGUAUUGAUGUUUUACUCAUUUUAUUACAGCACAGACCUAAAAGUAAACAUCCAGUGGUAGUAAAAACAUACUCAGAACUCAUUGUCAAAUUAUCAUACUGCUUUCAUUAUUUAUAAUUACAGAUAGAAACACCACCAAAGGCUUCCUUUGUGUCGUGUCUGCAACUUACACUUGUUCUGUCAAUUUUAUUUUUUGUUCCGCUUUAGGUGUUUGUCCAUCUUAAAAUUGUGUUCACGGUCCAACACUUACUCCACACGUUGAGACCAAUCUAUAGCACUAAAUGUUCAUGGUAAAUGAGAGCCAAUGAGAUAUCAUCACACGUCAACAUCUCUAACAAAUGUAAAUGCUGUCUCUUAACAACGUCCCCAUUGCAAAUAUGUUCUUGGCUUACCCUGGAUCAACAACUUCUUCUACACAAGAAACAAACAUAAGUUUUGACUAGACAGUUGACGUGCGCGUUUGAGCGCCGCUAAGACAUUUGAUUGGCAAAAAUUACACUGAUUUGGAAAAAUAUGGGGGAAAGUUGCAUGGUUGCACAUACUACGCAGAAUUGGUUGAGUUUGCAUGAAUUCCUAGAGACUAAAAUGUGCUCAAUAUAAAUAUUUUUGACUAAUAUAGACAGUAGUGUCAUGUGAAACAUAUGUGAUGAUUUUUUAGAUCAAUAUAUUUUGAAAUAGAGUGAUAAAACAAAGCACCUAGUGGCGGCUAUAUUACAGAUGCAGGUCACUGAAUAAUUCAUAGCAAUAAAACUCUGGUGUAAAUUGUACCUUCUUUGUGUCGCAAACUAAAUGUGUUACUGCUUAAUAAACUACAAACUGUCUCUUGUUCUUUUA